AUGCGCCUUUCCCAUUCUGCGCCCGUCAUACUUGCAACCGCCCUCCUCUUCAUCCAUGCGCACGCCCAAGUCACACAAACCGAGGUGGUGGCCACGACGGUAACACACUACUACACGGCACCAGCACCCACAGUGCCGCUCUCCAGCCAAUACAGCGACGACCUAGACUUCCGCACCUCGAUCCUCAACUCGACCAACUUCUACCGCUACGAACAUUCCGUCCCCUUCCUGUACUGGAACACGACGCUCGCCGCCUACGCACAAGAAUACUCGAGCAAAUGCGAUUGGCAACACUCCCACGGCGCAUACGGUGAGAACCUAGCCCGGGGAUACACCAACGUGACGGCCGCGGUCGAGGCAUGGGGCGACGAACGCAAGGACUAUGACUUCUCGACCACAAACCCCACAGGCUUCACCGAGCCGACCGGCCAUUUCACGCAGCUGGUCUGGCUGAGUACACAGUCUACGGGGUGUGGCUGGACGGAUUGCGACGGCCAGAACGGCUUGGAUGGCAUCUACCUCGUGUGUGAAUACUGGCCGCCUGGCAACUUGAUCGGCCAGAAUAAUUACUGGUUCAAGCAGAAUGUGUUUCCCGAGAGGCCGGCGGGCGAUGAUGGGUUCAAUGAACUUGAGGCCACGAGGGGUGCCACCGGUGGUGUUCCCAGCGCGACGGCUUCGGCCAGUCCCACGGCGUCAGGCACCAGUAUGGCGAGUGCUAAUGUCGAGGUGAGGAGGUCGAACCUUUGGGCUGCUUUGGGUGUCACGGUUGCUGCAUUAUUGUUUGGCUUGGGCAUGUCCUGA